GCCAGCACACUAUUACCGACCACACAAGCAGACAGCUCACCACCCAGCAUCGCCAUGGAAAGCAACCUUGCUCUGAAUAGACGGGAGUUUGCAGUCAUCUUCGUCCUCGGUUGGUCUUCUAUCGGUCCUAUUUGGUAGACAGAAUGCAAGCCUGCUCACUAUUUUGAUAGGAGCUCCCGGCUCGGGAAAAGGCACGAUCUGCAGCUAUCUGUCCCGCAAACGCGGCCUGCGACAUUUCUCGGUAGGAGAUAAUCUACGCACCUGGAUGAAGGAUGAGGCGAACCGCCAGACGCCUCUUGCCGCUACGAUCCAGGAUAAGCUAGAUCAUCAAGGAUUCCUCACGUCGGCGGAAUUAAACCCAUUCCUGGGCAUCGCUAUCGAGGAUGCAAUCCGUCAAGACGAACUGAACGGGAUAUUGAUCGACGGUUUCCCAAGGUGUGAGGAGCAGCUUACUUCGUGGGCGCAGUGGCCUUUUCAAGAACGCCUUCCAUUGGAGGGUCACCCAAAACCCGACAUAGUCUUGUCACUCAAUACGACAAAAGAGAACGCUGAAGCGAGAUAUCUCGCGCGUGGCCGUGACAAGAACGACAGCGGGGACAAGUUUACGAAGCGGUUCGCAGAGUACUUGGAGGAAGGGCCGCCUGUGGAACGACACUAUCGAGAAGCAGGAUUGCUAGUAGACAUCGACAACAAUGGCACCAAGGAGGAGAACAUCGCAGUGGUAGAGAAGACACUGGGAGACAACGCAUUGUGGAACCGUGUGGUAGGCCAGGCUACGGAGUCGGUGUUCCUCGUACCCCACUGAGUGCCGGAUGACGCCCAAUAGUCAAUGUGUAUACCGAUCUUCCUGGGAGAAGUAAGCCAACACAUAGCUUCUCCAACUUCGUCUCACUUGCUGCUACAUCCGUGACCCGCGGACCUUCUUCUGUUGUAUCUGCUCGAAGUCGGCAGGCGAAUCCAGCAAGCUCAUUACUACUUCAUCAUUCAACCUCUCAUCAUAGUGAUUUGUCG